AUGGCUUCUUUACCUCUCAAGCCAGUAGUAAUUGAAGAGCCUUUUCAGCAGUGGAGGUUGGAUUUUGUUGGACCAGUGAAUCCCUCAUCCAGUGAAUACCACAUGUACAUACUCACUGCAACAAAUUACUUCACCAAAUGGGUGGAGGCAAUUCCCACUAAGAAAGCUACUUCAACAAUGGUUUCUCAGUUCUUGAAAGAAAACAUUGUUUCAAGGUUUGGUGUUCCUCGUAAGAUAGUUACUAAUAAUGCUUCUUGCUUUUUAGCUUAUGAGAUCAUUGAAUUUUUUUAUCAUGGUUUUACCCUUUCACAUUCAUUUGACUAUUAUCUGCAGGGAAAUGGUCAGGCUGAAUCAAGCAACAAGAACUUGGUUACCAUUAUCAAGAAGCUUGUUGAUGAAAAACAAAGGACUUGGCAUAAAGCUCUUCUUUAUGAGCUUUGGGUGGAUCGUAUCAUGCCCAAGAGGGAAACUGGUGUGUCUCCUUUCCAAAUUUUGUAUGGAAUGAAUGUCAAGAUUCCUAUCACAUUGGAACUUCCAUCUCUGAAGCUUGCCAAGGCUGUUAAUCUUAGAGGAUCCAGUUAA